AUGGCGCCCCUGGUGGACAGCUCGCAGGUCAAGUCGGCCGACCUGCUCACGCCGCUGCCCUGGUACUACCACGCCUACGUCUGGCCCUUUGCCAUAGUAUGGCCCGUCUUCCUCCGCUACUACCUCACCCCCGAACUCUACGACAAGUACAUCCACGCUCCCGAGUGGACCUUCGUCUGGGUCGGAACCAUCAUCACCGUCCAGAGCUUGGUCUGGCUGAGCACCAACUGGAGCGUCGAUCUCAAGGGCCUCUUCACUGCCAGAGCCGCCAAGUCUGUCCAGAGCGCCCAGCUCAUCAAGAUCAUCCCCGCUGCCAACGCAGGCGCCGCCGAUAUCUGCAAGCUCGUGACCGAAAAGGUUGGCAACGACAAUGUCACCUCGUUCCUCUUCCAGAAGCGCCGCUUCCUGUUCGACCCUGCCGCUCAGUCCUUCCGACCCUUGACCUUCGAGAUCGACCGCGAACCCAAGCCCACUCUGCAAAAGUUCCAGCUCGCCAAGGGCAUCUCUACCGCCGCCGAGCUCACGCGCCUCGAGCAGUACUAUGGCACCAACACCUUUGACAUUCCCGUCCCGACCUUUGGCGAGCUAUUCCGCGAGCACGCCGUGGCCCCAUUCUUCGUCUUCCAGAUCUUCUGUGUCGGACUCUGGCUGCUCGACGAAUACUGGUACUACUCGCUCUUCACCCUCUUCAUGCUUGUCGCCUUUGAGAGCACUGUCGUCUGGCAACGUCAGCGCACCCUCAAUGAGUUCAGAGGCAUGAGCAUCAAGCCGUACGACGUGUGGGUGUAUCGCCUGGGCAAGUGGACCGAGAUCCAGAGCGACAAGCUCCUGCCCGGUGACCUCGUCUCCGUUUCGCGCACAAAGGAAGACAGCGGCGUCGCUUGCGACAUGCUCCUGGUCGAGGGUACUGCCAUUGUCAACGAAGCCAUGCUCUCGGGCGAGAGCACUCCCCUGCUGAAGGACUCGAUCCAGCUGCGUCCGGGCGAUGCCCUCAUCGAGCCCGAAGGACUUGACAAGAAUGCCUUCCUCUGGGGUGGCACAAAGGUUCUGCAGAUCACUCACGGCAACAGCGAUGGAAAUACGCAAAAGCUGGCGUCUGGCGUGCCUGCACCUCCGGAUCGCGGCGCGAUGGCCAUUGUCAUGAAAACGGGAUUCGAGACCUCCCAGGGCAGUCUCGUCAGGACCAUGAUCUACUCGACCGAGCGUGUGUCGGCCAAUAACUUCGAGGCCCUCUUGUUCAUCUUGUUCCUCCUCAUCUUCGCCCUGGCCGCCUCAUGGUAUGUCUGGGACGAGGGUGUCAGGCGCGACCGAAAGCGCUCCAAGCUGCUCCUCGACUGUGUCCUCAUCGUCACUAGUGUCGUGCCCCCCGAGCUGCCCAUGGAACUGAGCUUGGCUGUCAACACCAGUCUGGCAGCUCUCGCCAAGUUCGCCAUCUUUUGCACCGAGCCCUUCCGUAUUCCCUUCGGUGGCCGCAUUGAUGUCGCCUGCUUUGAUAAGACCGGCACUCUGACCGGCGAGGAUCUGGUUGUUGAGGGCAUUGCUGGACUUGGUCUGGGCCACACUGGAACCGACACGCCGCGCGAGACCGAUGGUGCCCACAGCCACAUGACGCCCGUCAAGGACGCCGCACUGGCGACAACACUGGUCCUGGCCACUGCGCAUGCGCUCGUCAAGCUGGAUGAGGGAGACAUCGUUGGAGACCCUAUGGAGAAGGCGACCUUGGCGGCUCUGGGAUGGGGUCUUGGCAAGAAUGACAUUCUCACCACCAAGCCCGCGACCAUGGCUGCGGGUGGACCUACCGGCUCUGUCCAGAUCAAGCGCCGCUUCCAAUUCUCGUCCGCGCUCAAGAGGCAGAGCUCUGUCGCUACAGUCCACGGCAAGGAUCCCAAGACGGGAGACAAGAUCCAGGGCACUUUCGUCGGUGUCAAGGGUGCCCCCGAGACUAUCAUGAAGAUGUUGGUCACAGUGCCCGCUGAUUAUGAGGAGACGUUCAAGUACUUCACUAGGAGAGGUUCUCGCGUCCUGGCCCUGGCCUACAAGCAACUGUCGACUGAUAAGGAACUUGGAUCCGGAAAGAUCAACGACUUGAAGCGGGAGAAUGUCGAGGCUGGUCUGACAUUUGCCGGCUUCCUUGUUCUGCACUGCCCCCUGAAGGAUGAUGCCAAGCAGGCUGUUCAGAUGCUCAACGAGAGCAGCCACCGUGUUGUCAUGAUCACUGGCGAUAACCCUCUGACUGCUGUCCAUGUUGCUAGAGAGGUGGAGAUUGUCGAUCGCGAAGUUCUGAUCCUGGAUGUACCGGAGCACGGCAAUGGUGAUCACAAGCUCGUCUGGCACAGCGUGGAUGACAAGGUUCACAUCGAGGUUGACUCCACCAAGCCUAUCGAUCCUGAGAUCCUGCGAUCCAAGGAUAUCUGUGUUACUGGAUACGCGCUUUCGCAGCUUAGGGACCAAGUCGCCUGGAAGCAGCUGCUCCGGUACACGUGGGUCUAUGCUCGUGUCUCGCCUAAGCAGAAGGAGGACAUCCUGUUGGGUCUCAAGGACAUGGGUUACUACACGCUGAUGGCUGGUGACGGCACCAACGAUGUCGGAGCGCUCAAGCAGGCCCACAUUGGUGUCGCGCUUCUGAAUGGCACCCAAGAUGACCUCACCCGUAUCGCCGACCACGCUCGAAACACCAAGAUGAAGGAACUCUACCAGAAGCAGGUCGAUGUCAUGAAGCGUUGGGGAGGAGCCACUCCGCCUGUCCCGGUCAUCAUCGCCCACCUCUACCCGCCUGGUCCCUCCAACCCCCACUACCAGAAAGCAAUCGAGCGGGAGGCGCAGAAGAAGGGCAUUUCUCCGGAAGAGUACGCCCGGAUCCACGGCUCUGCCAUUGAGACGGUCACGUCUCCUGGCGCCCAACAACUACUGAACCAGGACCCGCAGCAGGCGCGGCAAGCACAGGCAGCCCAAAAGGCAGCCAGCUUUGCCGACAAGUUCACGGCUUCGAUGAUGGACGCCGAGCUGGGCGACGACGAGCCUCCGUCGCUGAAGCUGGGCGACGCGUCCGUGGCCGCACCCUUCACCAGCAAGCUCCGUAAUGUCAUUGCCAUCCCCAACAUCAUCCGCCAGGGUCGAUGCACGCUGGUUGCCACUAUCCAGAUGUACAAGAUUCUCGCUCUCAACUGUCUUAUCUCGGCAUACAGUCUCAGUGUCCUCUACCUGGAAGGAAUCAAGUUUGGCGACGGGCAGUACACGAUCAGCGGUAUGUUGAUGAGCGUCUGCUUCCUAUCUAUCUCGCGGGCACGGUCAGUCGAGGGUCUUUCCAAGGAGAGGCCGCAGCCCAACAUCUUCAACUUUUACAUCAUUGGGUCGAUUCUGGGCCAGUUUGCUGUCCACAUUUCCACACUCAUCUACAUCGCACGGUAUUGCGAUCAGCUUGAACCACGCUCUGGGAUGGUCGACCUGGAGGCCGAGUUCAAGCCGUCGCUCCUCAACAGCGGCGUCUACCUGCUGCAGCUGAUCCAGCAGAUCAGCACCUUUGCCGUCAACUACCAGGGGCGGCCCUUCCGCGAAUCCCUGUCGGAGAACCGGGGCAUGUACUGGGGCAUCCUGGGCGUGACGGGCAUCGCGUUCGCCUGCUCGACCGAGCUCAUCCCGGAGCUCAACGAGCAGAUGAAGCUCGUGCCCUUCAAGCCCGAGUUCAAGACGACCAUGACGGCCGUCAUGGUCAUCGACUACGCGUCGUGCUACGUCAUCGAGGUCGUGCUCAAGCGCCUCUUCUCCGACUUCCGGCCGCGCGACAUCGCCGAGCGGCGGCCCGACCAGCUGCAGCGCGAGGCGGCGCGCAAGGCAGAGGAGCAGAAGGUGAAAGACGAGGAGGAGGAGAGGAAGCGGCUCGAGAAGGUGGCCGAGUUUGAGAGGAAGGUCGAGGAGCGGCGGCAGAAGCUGCAGGCCUGGCGGGAGGGCCGGACCUGA